UUAUAAGAAGUUAAUCAAAUAUGUUAUGGUAAAUAAUGUCGUAUUCAUUGUACCAUCAUACUCAGAAAUCAUAUAUAACUAAAGAAAAAAUUGCUAUCGUUCGCAAAAGAAUUGAAUAUAGUAACCAAAGUAUAAAGAUGAACUCAACCAAAGCAACCUUCUUCUUGGUCUUGUUCCUUGUAGCUGCCGUCUGUAUAACUAUGACAGAAAGCAAGUGUCAAGGAAACAUAGAUUGCAGAGAAGAACCUCAUAAACAACCGUGUCCGGUGCCUCUCGCAUGUCUAUUUGGUAGCUGUAUUUGUCCCUGGAAAAGUCACUCGACAUUCUCACCUUGUCAAAUCAAAUGUGCGCAUUCUGGAAAAAAAGUUGUAGAUCUCUAUGAUUCCGAUCAUUGUGUUUGUGGUGACAAAUAAGAUAAAAAUGUGACAACAAUAUAACUUGCAAAUGUUGAAUAAAAAAUAAUUAUUAUUGUUCCA